GGACAGGUAUGGCCGCACACCCCUCCACUUGGAUGCUAUGUGGGGCAGUGCUGAGUGUGUGUCUGCCCUCAUACCCUCCAGUGACCUUAACGCCAAGGACGAGGAUGGCCGCACACCCCUCCUCUUGGCUGCUAUGGGGGGCAGUGCUGAGUGUGUGUCUGCCCUCAUACCCUCCAGUGACCUUAACGCCAAGGACAGGUAUGGCCGCACACCCCUCCACUUGGCUGUUGAGCGGGGCAGUGCUGAGUGUGUGUCUGCCCUCAUACCCUCCAGUGACCUUAACGCCAAGGACAGGUAUGGCCGCACACCCCUCCACUUGGCUGCUGAGCGGGGCAGUGCUGAGUGUGUGUCUGCCCUCAUACCCUCCAGUGACCUUAACGCCAAGGACAGGUAU